CCCCGCUUUCCACUCCCCGCUGCGCAGCCAGGAAGUUCCUUCUCUUCUCCGCCCCGCCGGCCGCGGGCGAGCGGGACGUCAUCGCUGCCAGCGUGGAAACGGCGGCGGAGCUCGGGAGGCGGAAGUAGUGCCCGGGAUCGCCGGGCCUCCAUCGGGCUCCACCGGCCGCCUUAGCCAUGGACGCGCCCCUGGAGAAGAUAGCAGACCCUACACUAGCUGAAAUGGGAAAAAACUUGAAGGAGGCCAUGAAGAUGCUAGAGGACAGUCAGAGAAGAACAGAGGAGGAAAAUGGAAAGAAGCUCCUAUCAGGGGAUAUUCCAGGGCCACUGCAAGGCAGUGGACAGGACAUGGUGAGCAUCCUCCAGUUAGUUCAGAAUCUGAUGCACGGAGAUGAAGAUGAGGAGCCCCAGAGUACCCGAAUCCAGAAUAUUGGAGAACAAGGUCAUAUAGCUUUGUUGGGGCACAGUCUGGGAGCUUACAUUUCAACUCUGGACAAAGAGAAGCUGAGAAAACUUACAACUAGGAUACUUUCAGACACUACCUUAUGGCUAUGCAGAAUUUUCAGGUAUGAAAAUGGCUGUGCUUAUUUCCACGAAGAAGAAAGAGAAGGACUUGCAAAGAUCUGUAGGCUUGCCAUUCAUUCCCGUUAUGAAGAUUUUGUGGUGGAUGGGUUCAAUGUGUUAUAUAACAAGACGCCUGUUAUAUAUCUAAGUGCUGCUGCUAGGCCUGGCCUGGGCCAGUACCUCUGUAAUCAGCUUGGCUUGCCCUUCCCCUGCUUGUGUCGUGUACCCUGUAACACUAUGUUUGGAUCCCAGCAUCAGAUGGACGUUGCCUUCCUGGAGAAACUGAUUAAAGAUGACAUAGAACGAGGAAAACUGCCCCUGUUGCUUGUUGCAAAUGCUGGAACUGCAGCAGUAGGGCACACAGAUAAGAUUGGGCGUUUGAAAGAGCUCUGUGAGCAGUACGGCAUAUGGCUCCACGUGAAAGGUGUGAAUCUGGCAACAUUGGCUCUAGGUUAUGUCUCCUCAUCAGUGCUGGCUGCAACCAAAUGUGACAGCAUGACGUUGACUCCAGGCCCAUGGCUGGGUUUGCCAGCAGUUCCUGCUGUGACUCUUUAUAAGCAUGACGAUCCUGCCUUGACUUUAGUUGCCGGUCUUACAUCAAAUAAGCCAGCAGACAAGCUCCGUGCUCUGCCACUGUGGUUGUCUUUACAAUACUUGGGACUUGAUGGGAUUGUGGAGAGGAUUAAGCAUGCCUGUCAGCUGAGUCAGCGAUUGCAAGAAAGUUUGAAGAAAGUGAACCACGUCAAAAUCUUGGUGGAGGAUGAGCUCAGUUCGCCAGUGGUGGUGUUCAGAUUUUUCCAGGAGUUACCAGGCUCAGCCCCUGGCACCCACCAUUCUACUCUCUGUCUCUCUGAAUUAGACAGCUUUACUUCAUAUCCAGGACUUAAUGCCAUCCCAGCGCCCAACAUGGCCCCGUCAGCAGUCAGCCAGGAGAGGCACUCCUGCGACUCACUGAACCGCUGGCUGGGAGAACAGCUGAAGCAGCUGGUGCCCGCGAGUGGCCUCACGGUCAUGGAUCUGGAGGUGGAGGGCACGUGCGUGCGGUUCAGCCCCCUGACUACCGCGGCAGUUUUAGGAACUCGGGGAGAGGAUGUGGAUCAGCUCGUAGCCUGCAUCCAGAGCCAGCUGCCAGUCCUGACCUGUACACUGCAGCUGCGAGAGGAGUUCAAGCAGGAGGUGAUGGGAACAGCAGGUCUCUUAUACGUUGAUGACCCAAACUGGCCUGGAAUAGGGGUUGUCAGGUAUGAACACGCUAAUGAUGAUAAGAGCAGUUUGAAAUCGGAUCCAGAAGGGGAAAAAAUCCAUGCUGGACUCCUGAAAAAGUUAAAUGAACUGGAAUCUGACCUUACAUUUAAAAUGGGCCCUGAGUAUAAAAGCAUGAAGAGCUGUAUUUACAUUGGCAUGGCAAGUGACGACAUAGAUGUUUCUGAACUAGUGGAGACCAUUGCAGUCACAGCCCGAGAAAUCGAGGAAAACUCCAGGCUUCUGGAAAACAUGACAGAAGUGGUUCGGAAAGGAAUUCAGGAAGCUCAGGUUCAACUGCAGAAGGCAAAUGAGGAGCGACUUCUGGAAGAGGGGGUGUUACGGCAAAUCCCCGUGGUAGGAUCCGUGCUGAAUUGGUUUUCUCCAGUACAGGCUUCACAAAAGGGAAGAACUUUUAACCUAACGGCAGGCUCCCUGGAGUCCACGGAACACACAUACGUGUACAAAGUACAAGGCUCGGGAGUAACACCGCCUCAGACCCCCUCAGGCGCUCGCACUAAACAGAGACUUCCAGGCCAGAAGCCUUUUAAAAGGUCCCUAAGAGGUUCAGAUGCUGUGAGCGAGACCAGCUCAGUCAGUCACAUCGAGGACUUAGAGAAGAUCGAGCACCUGUCGGGUGGGCAAGAUGCCUUGGAAGCUAACAGCCCUGAGCGGCACCCAGGGGUGCCCACCCCUCCAGAAGCCGAGCAGACGGGGGCCCUCCAGGACAGGGCCCAGCGUCUGGAAGAUGACUGCCCACAGGUAGAGGAGCCAGAGAGCUUAAGAUAAAAUUCAGUGUUUGCUUGGAGACUGUACUGAAUAUUGUUUCAGGGAAGAUGAAGUUAUUCUGAAAAUGUGAACUGUGCCACAUGCUAGUAUGAGAGAAAUUACUGUUAUUUGUGCUUAACUGGGAUUUUUGCACAAAAAUGUGCCUGAAAGCCAGGCUUCUGGGAGGGCAAUUGACUUGUGUAAUUUUGUGGGUAUGUAUUGAUAGAACAACCAACAACUACUGUUUCUGUCUACCCAACUGUAGUAAUACCUUUUUCCCCCCAGUUACCAUAAACACUUUUUAUUCACAGAGAAAACUUAGAAUUUCAAGUGCCUGCCACUUGAAACACUUGCUCUCAUCUUUCUAAACACACGUGUGAGAAGUUACUAGGUUGCACAUAAUAACCCUUCGGUAAGACAGCUUUCUUUAGAACUCUCUGGGUUCUCUGUUGUCCUGCUGCAGAGGAGACAGACAGCAUUCUUUGCCAUCUGUUUUGCUUGGUGUUUAGUUUGAUCAGGUUGCAGUAUACAACUGGAUUGCGUUUGGCUUGAAGGAGAGUGGGUUUCAAUGGGAUUGUAAAUAAGAGUGUCAGAAGCCCUCUCCUGCCACCCCCGAUUGCUGCUUCCCCGGAGACGUCAGGAAGGACCGUGUCCGCUCAAGCUGUGGCAGGGUCGUCAAGCAAGUUAGACUGGACAGUGCUUCUGUCUGACUUAGCUCUGCCACAAAUCCAUUUCUCCCUUUAUAUACUAUUUGUAAACAAAUUAAAGGACUCAUCUAUUAAGGGUAACUGUAAAGACUCUUCUUGACCAUAUUAUAUAUAUAUAUAUAUAUAUGUGUAUAUUUUUAAAUACUGAUAAAGCUUUUAAAUUGGCACACAAGUACAGACUACUUAUUUCUAUGUUUAAUAUCUGAAAACUCAAUAGAUGCUACUCUUAAAAGCCUCGUAUUAAUAUGCUGUAUAGCACCUCGUUACGUUGAAAUUCUAAAUUAAGUACACCUUUGACCCAUUCUCAUGGGAGCUUCUGUAGCUUCUGUUCCACUAGCAGCUCACCCUUUUGGGCCCAACUCAAACAAGAACCAGAAAUGUAAUCUUUCUCAGGCUGAUCACGCCAGACUACUGCUGAAAUAAUUGGAAGUAACCCUUGAUUACUGCCUGUUUCUACUUCUCCAAAAGUACUGCAUCACUUCGUUUAUCAUAGGUAAGGGCCCCUGUGCCUUUUAGUCCAGUGAAGUCAAGCUACGGGAGACCUUAAGAUGGUAGGGAUUCACGUUGGGUUUGUGGACUGUAGGUACUGAAAGCCUUAGUUAUACCACAUUAAGCCUGUAAUUACACUCUGAUCUGAUGUGAUUUCUGACAUUUGGCACUUGUCAAAAUGCAAUUUUCCUUUUUUUUUUUUUGGUGCAAAUGAUUAAAGUCUUCCCUGUUUAUUUGGUGCAAUGAAGUAUAGCAGAUAAAAUGGGGGAAGGGGAAAUUAUCACCUUUAACAAGAUUAAUUUUUAAAUGUUUUUAUAUAUAUUUGAAAUUGUUAAAUUGGUUUUGCUGAAACAGAAUUUCACCCUUGAGAUACUAUUUGAAUGUUGGUUUCAAUAAAGGUUCUUGAAAUUGUUA